AGGGCCUAGUUGGUUGCUACCGGAAGCGGUGGGUGCGUAGUGCUUCUCUGUCUAGCCAGCACUUUGGAGUUCUCUGGCUGUGGUCUGUGUGGGUUCCUCCACUUUUCAAGACUAAUUUGUCAAAGGCUCAUUCUUCCUAAAUGUUCCAGUACGCCUGGAGCAGCCUCAACGGGACGUGGGGGUCCAUGAUGGUGCCCCUGGUGUCUCAAAUCGACACCCGGCUCUGGGAGGGCCUUCGACCGAAGAAACAGUGCCGCCAAGAAAACGGGGUGGGCCCUCCUUGCCAAAAAAGGUUACCAGGAACAGGACCUGGACCCCCAGAUUUCUGUCAUCACCAAACUCAAAGGAGUUUCCGUGACUCAGAUCAAGGAGUUGGGGAACCGGCUGUGGGAUGUGGCUGACUUCGUGAAGCCACCACAGGCUGCAUGUCUCUUCUCCCUCCACCCAGCUGGCCUCAGCCCCAAUCUCCAUCUCUGUUCUGCUGAUCCCCAGAUUGUAGCCCCAGUGACCGCCUGCCUAGAGAGGAGCUGCUUUCCAGAUGCACACCCAACCUGUCCAAGGAGAAAUCAUCUCUCUUUCCUGGAGUCCUGGCUUCUUGUCCAGUGAGGGCUGUGACAUUCAUCAGUGCCAAAGCCAGAACCAGGACCCAGCUUUGAUCCCUUUUUGUCCAUCUCAACAUUUUUUACUGCAGCUCCUGUUGUGAACUCCUUGAUUCCUCUCCCUUGUUCCCUUCCCUAAAGUGCACAUCACACAGCAGCCAGGCUGAGCUUUUAUACUUGACUUCAUCAGAGCCCACCAGCCCCUGCUCUCUGCCCUUGGAAGUCUCUUCUUCCAUGAUGGUUGCCAUCAAGUCUCUCCAUUUCCUAACUUCACUGCCACAUUUCACUGUCCUCUGCCAGCCCUCAUCUUCCCACCUCCAAAUACAUAGUGCUGUCAUAAGCAGCACUUUUGAAUGUCUUCAGCCACUCAUUGACCCCAUAUAGAGCUUACUGUGUGUUUCCCCAGCCCCUGCUGUGCCAGUGCGUCUGUGCAUGUGAUGAGGGGUCCACAUGGCCUCAACUUGACUCUGGCUCUUUGGUGCCUGAGACAGGAGGAUCUUGGAAAACUAUGGUUGAGUGAAUGAGAAUGAAUGUGAGAAUUAACUUGUGUCAAAGAUGAACAUGUACAUGAGGGACCCAGGGCCAGAAACCACAUGGGCACAGUAGCCCAUACCUGUAACCCAAGCUGUUUGGGAGAAGGAGGCAGGAGGACUGCAAGUUCAAGGCCAACCUGGGGAGAGAAUGUGUUCUUCUUGGUGACCAAUUUCCUUGUGACACCAGCUCAAGUUCAGGGCAGAUGCCCAGAGCACCCCUCUGUCCUACUGGCUAACUGCUGGACUGACGAGGACUGCCCUGAAGGGGAGACAGGAACACACAGCCAUGGCAUAAAAACAGGUCAGUGUGUGGUGUUCAACGGCACCCACAGGACCUGUGAGAUCCAGAGCUGGUGCCCAGUGGAGAAUGGCGCUGUGUCCACGAGGCCCCUGCUGAUCCAGGCUGAGAACUUCACGCUGCUCAUUAAAAACACCGUCACCUUCAGCAAGUUCAACUUCUCCAAAACCAAUUCCUUAGACACGUGGGAUGCUUCCUAUUUCAAGCAGUGUCGCUAUGAUCCACUCUCCAGCCCCUACUGCCCAGUGUUCCGAAUUGGGGACCUUGUGACUGCAGCUGGAGGGGACUUCGAGGACCUGGCACUGAUGGGUGGCGCUGUGAGCAUCCGAGUCCAUUGGGAUUGCGAUCUGGAUACUGGGGGCUCUGACUGCUGGCCACACUACUCCUUCCAGAUGGAGGAGAGGAGCUACAACUUCAGCUACCCAGGGCCAAGACCCAGGACUCAGGCUGGGGUAGGGGUUUAUGGAGUCAAUGGGACAGCCAGCCACUGGUGGGAGUCCCCAGGUAUGGAAGCUCGCAGCAUGCUCAAGCUCUACGGGAUCCGCUUUAACGUCCUUGUCACUGGGCAGGCAGGGAUGUUCAGGCUCAUCCCCACGGCCAUCACAGUGGGGACCGGAGCAGCUUGGCUGGAUGUGGUCACCUUCCUCUGUGAUCUGCUGCUGCUAUAUGUGGAUAGAGAAGCCCAUUUCUACUGGAGGACAAAGUAUGAGGAGGCAAAAGCCCCAAAGGUGACUAGGGACCUUUCACGGACCAAGCCAACUGUCACACCCACAAGUCCAGCUGUCCAGAUGCCUUAGAUGGUGGCACCACCUGCCCCCACAGUCACUGCUUCUGGGUGCCAGACAUCAAUCUGAGCUCUUGUCUGGGUUCCAGCACCCACUUACCUGCCUAUUCCUAAGGCCUAUAGCCACUCCCUGUUUGUUGGGGUUUGGGGAAUUGGGAUGGGAAAGGGUAGGGGUCCUGGCUUAGGAAUCUCAAAGAUGGAGCCCCAGAUGGACUGCAGUAGGAGUUGGAGGGAGAACUCUGCCCUUAAACUUCCAGGAAGAUUGUCCAGCCUGGGUCCAGCCUUGGUGAAGUGCUACCUGGGAAUCCAUAAAAACCAGUUUUGUUUAUGGAGAUGUGUGUGGCACAUGAGCUAUGGAGGUGAGGGAGUGGGGGGAUCUGAUUGCAUCACAGGUACAGUGCUCAGCCUGUGAGUGCCUCCCCUUCCUUUGUGGCAGCCCUUGGCUGUUAUAAACAGCUGAGACAGGGAGGAGACAGUGGUGGGGCUGAGUUGGUGGUCUUGAAUCUUUUGGGGCCUUCUCUAUACUUCCUUGUAGUCCCCCCAGCCCACACCCCUGGAAACUGACCACUAGGUUUCCCGAGAGCCCCAGGAGUGGAAAGGCCAUGCACCUGGAAUUUACUGCCUUCUAAGUCAUACCUAGGAACCUCUCUGGCCAGCUGCCCAACCUAGCCAGAGGCAUCUGCACUGCAGAGGCCCUAAUCUUAACCUUAGGGAGAGUACAGUGGCUGCAAGGAAUGUCUCUAAUAAAGGACAUUGAGGUUCCCUUGAAGGUUGGCCAGGUUCUGGUCCUGGAAUCCUCCUGGGUCUUAGGUCCUACCUGAUAGAAAUUUCAACUAUAUCCUGGGACCCACAGUAGGAUGGGAGGGACAAGGCCAUAGGAGCCAAGCCCUCUCUUGGUUCCAGGGUGGGGCAUGGAUUUGGGAGUACCCACCCCAUGGAAGAAGUGAGAGGCUGGUUUCUCAUGGUGACCAGGGGCAUGGUGGGAAGGGCCAGGGCUUGGGCUGAAACUGGGCUAGCAUCUGGAAUCAUCUGGAACCCACAGCAUCAGUAAAUCCUUUGGGGUCCUCGGUGCCUCCCUAGGGCCUCAGUGUCCAGAGAAGGUGGUCUCCAAAAGGCUAGGGUGGAAAGGCAUGGCCCAAAAGGCCUGGCUACUGGAGGUGGGUCACAUUGUCCUUGGGGCUCAGAGAAACCUGAUGUCACUGCUGGCAUAAAAGCUUGCCAAAGCCAGCAGCUUUCUGUGUACUCCUUACAGGGAGGAGGGAAGAAGUGACCAGAGUGGACACAGCACAGCCAUGAGGACCCAGUUCAGGGAGAAUGCAGCUUGGGCCUAGGGCAGUGGUGGUGAACCUAUGGCACACAUGCUGUACUGGGCACACAGUCUACUCUGGCACGAAAGUCAAGUAACCCUAAUAUUGCCCCAGCAGCCAAGCAUUAGAUGACAGUGCACACAGGGCCAGUGUUGGCACUUUGCAAUAAAUAAAUGGGUUUUGAGUUGCAGUUUGGGUACUCCAUCUCUAAAAGGUUCGCCAUCACUGGCCUAGGGCUUCUCCAGGAAUUCUCUCCUCCCUGUUUGGGCAAUACUAAGUGGGCCGGAAGGCAGUAGGGGCAGGCUCAGGCAAUUAUGCCCUCAUGCACAUCUAUAUAUGAGUCAUGUAUGCACCAUCUCAGCCUUUACCUCAAAUCCUGGCAGAGUGCGCAGAGAGAGACAAGAAAGUGAUGUGUAGCCCAGGCUUGAGUUUGUUAACAGGUGUCACCUCAGUCUGGACAUGGGUGUGGACCCCCAGGGUAGCUGUGUGAGCCAUGCAGACAUGUGGCCAAUGGUGUGUGUUGGGGGGGGUGUCAUGUGCCUGUGUGCAGAUGUGGCUCAGUGUCUCUGGGGUAGGCUUCAGGCACACGCUGUCUCUCUGGAAGCCCACUGCCUUUUCCAGGCAACCUUCUCAGGGUCCAGGCUCUGCUCCUUUGAUCUACUUGACAAGGACAUGUAGGGAGCCUGCCCUGACACCCACCAUGGACCCCUCCCUCUUCAUCAGGUGCAUGUAGCUCUCCUCUGAGCUAGUCAGAAGGCACUGUCCUGAGGGAAGGGCCUGGACCCAGGACUGGCCA